UCAAUCUCUCUCUCUCUCUCUCUCUCUCUCUCUCUCUCUCAUGGACAUCCUUUGGGUGACUUUGGUAGUGCUUGCACUAAUCCCAGUUUGGAAGCUCUUCCAAAAUCUUGCAUGGAGGCCUUAUGCCUUGACAAGAUGGUUUGAGAAACAAGGGAUAACAGGCCCACCUUACUCUUUCUUAUCAGGCUCUCUUGAAGAAAUCAAGGGCGUAAAGAAGCUUGCAAGCGAGAAGGUUCUGGACACUCACUCACAAGACAUCAUCCCCAGGGUCCUGCCCCACUACUGCAAAUGGUUUUCACUGCAUGGAGAAACGUUCCUGUAUUGGUUUGGGACCCAGCCACGUAUAUGCAUAACCGAGCCAGAGCUGGCCAAGGAAGUGUUAUCAAUCAAGUUCGGUUUCUACCCCAAGUCCAAGGCUCGCCCUCCCUUAGCUGCCACUCUGGGCAAGGGUUUGGUUUUCGUCAAUGGUCUUGAUUGGGUCAGGCAUCGGAGGAUUGUCAGCCCAGCUUUCAAUGUCGACAAAAUCAAGGUGAUGACAAAGAGAAUGGCAGCUUGCAUAUUAUCAGUGCUCGAUGGGUGGCAAGAGCAGGCAAUUCAAACCGAGGAGAAGUAUAAAGAAAUGGAUAUAAGUGAAGAAUUUCUACAGCUUACUGCAGAUAUACUCACCCAAACUGCUUUUGGAAGUAGUUACAUGGAAGGGAAGGAAGUCUUUGAAGUUCAAAAGGAGCUUAUACAACGUGCAGCAGCUUCUCUUCAUGAUGUCUUCUUCCCCGGCUGCCAAUAUAUUCCUACUAGUUGGAAUGUUCAAACGUGGAAACUAAAGAGAAGGGCAAGGAAUACUCUUAAGCGUAUCAUAGAGAAAAAACUGAAUUCAGAUGAUGGAAGACACUCAGAGUACUCUAGCUAUGGGGAUGACCUACUUGGAUUCUUGCUGGGAAUACCGAUGGCCAAAUCCAGUAGAAAGCAAGGCGGUCAGCUGGACAUGGAUGAGAUAAUAGAUGAGUGCAAGACAUUCUUCUUUGGGGGCCAUGACACUGUAUCUCAUUUACUAUCUUGGACUACGUUAUUGUUGAGCUUACACAAUGAGUGGCAGGAGAAACUCAGAGAAGAAGUGUUGAGGGAAUGUGGGAUGGAAAUCCCAGAUGCCGACAAGCUCAGCAAGCUGAAAUUGGUGAACAUGGUUCUUCUAGAAACCCUGAGGCUAUAUCCCCCAGUAGCCAUAAUGACAAGAAUGGCUUCUAGAGAUAUGAAGUUGGGAGAUAUUUCGAUCCCAAAGGACAUUGAAAUAUCAAUUCCAGUGCCUAUGAUUCAUAGGAACAAGAAGUACUGGGGCGAGGAUGCAGACGAGUUCAAACCCAUGAGAUUUGUGGAUGGGAUUGCGAGAGCAGCGAAGCAUCCGAAUGCUUUAUUGGCAUUCUCAACUGGCCCAAGAGUAUGCAUUGGGCAGACCUUUGCCAUGAUUGAAACGAAGAUGGUGAUUGCCAUGAUCCUUCAGAGGUUUACUUUCACCCUCUCUCCUCAAUAUAAGCAUUCGCCAAUAAUCAAAAUCACCCUGCAACCACAGUUUGGCCUUCCCGUCAUUCUACAACCUCUUCAUGGGUAAAAUAGAUAUGUAUGUUUUUUAAGUAUUACAAAAUCUUCAAUCUAUAAGGCGGGCUACCUUUCAUGUUAAUGACUGUUAUAGUAUUUUUCCUUAUGUAUACAUACAUUGCCGUAUAUUUGAGUAUAUUAGUGGUCAUGUGGAGCACAAUAUCCUUAGAAAGAAUGUUCCAUAUUUUCUGAUUUUAUUUUAUUUACUGAGGAUUUAUCUUUUGUAGCUCA